AUGGGGAGAUAUUCCGAGAUCGUUGAGUGUGCAAUGAGCGUCGAAGUACCGAGGGAAGCGCCGAGAAAUAAGGGGAUUUGGGAACCUAGGCAAACUGCUAUCACCGGAAGUUCUUCUUCGGGAACUUUUGGGAGUCAAGGGAGGAAGCGACAAAGAGAACCGUCUUCGAAAACUCAAGGUCCAUCGAUUGUUAGGGCAUCAACCAUCUUUUCUGGGGUUCGAAGAGCUCACUCUAGGCCAGCGGCUAUGUGUCACCGUUCUGGUCAGCCAAGCCAAUUCCAUGUAGAUUGCCAGACAAAAGCGUAUUAUGUGUGUGGUGAGUUUACCCAUCUUGCUAAGAAUUGUCCUCGGAAAGUAGUAGGUGCGCGUAGUAGUUCAAGUUCUUUGCAGCAACAGGGGUCAGGGCUUGGGUUUGGCCAGCAAUCAUUCAGGGCUAACCAGAGACAACAGAAACCAUAUUUCCGUCAAACCACUACCAUUCAGGACUCUCAGAUUGAAAGGGGCGCGAGUUCUUCUACUCCUACUCAGGCAUCAGGGCAGAGGGGAGGAUUUGUCCAAAGUCAAACUACCCGAGGAAGAGCAUUUGCUAUCAUUUCCACUGUUCAGCCACCUUAG